AUGACAAAAAGAAAAUCAAAAGGACCUGUAGAUAUCGAUGAUAAUGAUGAAUAUAGUGAUAAUGGCAAUAAUAUUUCAUUGGAUUUGAGUGACGAUGAUUUACAGGUUGUUAAUAGUAGUAAAGUCACACCAACCAAGAAAACAAGAAACAAUUACAAUGUAAAUAGCAAUAAUAAUAAUAAUAGCUUUGAUAAUGGAUUAGAUGAUAAUUAUAUAGUAGAAAAUAAUAAUAAUAUUAAUAAUAAUAAUAAUAAUAAUAAUGAUGAUGUUGACUUUCAAUUCGUAUUUCAACUGACACCGGAUCAACAACUACAAGAUAGAGUAUCAGAGUUGAUAGCAGCUACAUUUGAUGCACAGAAAUAUAAACAAACACCUCCGCUAUUACUGAAUUCAAUACUCUAUUAUGAAGUUAGAGAUAAUUCUUUUGUUGAUAAAAAUAUGAAAGGUUUUGUUAGAGUAUUUAAAUUGAUGACUGGUAGCAAUGACUAUUGCAUCGUUAGAACUAGAGACUAUAUUGCAAAGAUCGAAUCUUUGAAAGUAAAGGAAACAACAGCAGCAACAACAACACCGACAUCAACAACUACAAACACUUCAAAACAACCAACAACACCAACAACCUUAAGUCAUAAUGAGAUAUUAGACAGAUUUAUCAAUCUUUUAAUACCGAAAUUCACAGAUACCUCUAUAUUUGGUACGAAACUUCAAAUGAUAAUGGAAUUGACUUCACAGCAACUUGAACAUGCAAUUACUAUAUUAGUACAAUGUAGUAUACUUUUAUUGAAUGGUGACAGUAAUUACUUAUUUGCAAUACCAUCGUCUGGUUUAUUUAUUACGGAUUUAGUUAAAGGUAGAAAAGAACUAUUAUCAAUCAUUUCGAAGCAAAAGUAUAAAGAGAUGCUCUUAACUGAUCUUAAUAAAAGAAAAUUGAAAACAUCUAAUAUGUCUAUAUCACUUUUACUCAAAGAUUUAAAGAAUUCCAAUCAAUUAAAGAGUACAAUGACAACUGCAGGUGAACUUAUAUCGUUUGAUAAGAAUAACUUAACAUAG